GUUCAACUUCCGCCUCUGCGCCAUUUUGUGAGCGCUCUCCGUUGCUAUCGACAGCCGUACAAACAGAAACAGAAGGAAAGACUACUCGGAAGCUAAAUUAACAUCAAUUUUUAUUAUUCCAACCCAUACAAGUUACAAAAUCUUCCGUGCCUGCGUUUAUUUUUGCUGGUAGCUCGUCAGUUAUGUCGGAGGAUCAGAUUUUAGGCGAAGACCCGUUGAUGAUGAAGAACAUGGAGGAAGAUGAUGGGGAGGCUCUGGCUGAAGAGCAGAUCACGGGAGUCACUGGAACGGAUGACGGAGGGCAGGGAGAAACGGAAGGGUCUAAGAUAGAUGCCAGUAAAAAUGAGGAAGAUGAAGGCAAAAUGUUUGUUGGAGGGUUGAGUUGGGACACAACUAAGAAAGACUUGAAAGAUUACUUCACCAAGUUUGGAGAGGUGGUCGACUGUACUCUAAAAUUGGAUCCUUUAACAGGCCGAUCAAGAGGAUUUGGCUUUGUUCUGUUUACAGAUGCAGAAAGUGUGGAAAAGGUGAUCACACAAAAGGAGCACAAACUUAAUGGAAAAGUGAUUGACCCUAAGAGGGCUAAAGCCAUGAAGUCCAAAGAGCCUGUGAAGAAGAUAUUUGUAGGAGGUCUUUCCCCAGAUACUCCAGAAGAGAAGAUUAGAGAAUACUUUGAUGCUUUUGGAGAGGUGGAGUCCAUUGAGCUGCCAAUGGAGAACAAGACAAAUAAAAGGCGUGGUUUCUGUUUCGUAACGUUUAAAGAGGAGGAACCAGUGAAGAAAAUUAUGGAGAAAAAGUACCAUAACAUCGGUCUAAGCAAGUGUGAGAUCAAGGUGGCCAUGUCAAAGGAGCAGUACCAGCAGCAGCAGCAGUGGGGCGGAAGAGUGGGCUACUCAUCCAGAUCUCGAGGGAGAGGCGGUCCCAAUCAGAAUUGGAACCAGGGAUAUGGAAAUUACUGGAAUCAAGGUUAUGGAAAUUACGGAAACUAUGGCUACAACAAUCAAGGCUAUGGUGGAUACGGGGGCUAUGAUUACUCGGGUUACAACAACUACUACGGCUAUGAUCAGCAGAGCGGUUACGGCAAAUCCCUAAGGCGAGGUGGCCAUCAAAACAGUUACAAGCCAUAUUAACGUAUUUAUGGUGCGAUUAACUUUCAGGUAUGUCAUAGCGCUGCUUAAUAUAAGCCAUUUUAGUUGAUCAAGUACUGUAAUGUACGUUGCUUAAUUUUUUUUUUAGUUUCACAGCACCCUGAAGUGCUUUACAGUAGUGGUAACAUAGAGACUUUGGUCUUUUGGCAGUAAUGUAACAGCUGGCUUUUGGCUGUUUCUUGCCAUUAUGUAACUGUAAAAAUUAACAGGUACAGUACUGCUUAAUGGGUACCAGAAAGUAUGGAUUUACAACGAAAGAAAACAGAAGAUUGUUGUCUCCUAACUCUGACAUAUACCUUGUUUGUACCUGCCAGCGGGGACUUCUUGCAGGCCAUGAGCUGACUUCACGAUUCUCAGGCCCGCUCAAUGCGGACAGGGUACGAGAGGUGUACGCUCUCGAAUGCUCCUAUUUGGUAUGGUCUUCCAACAUCCUGUAUACGAAUUGUAAACAACUACAGCAACAAAAACAUAAAAAGGACACAUCAAGCUUUAACGUUUGUUUAUUUUAAUGUUCCUUUUAAAACUUAUUGGGAUUGGUUUCAUGUAGUAAUACGUUAUAAUUUAAUGCAAUUUUUUACAGACGCCUUCAAGUAAUGGUAAAUACAAUUAAUUUAUUAACUGUUCACUUUUUGAAGGAUACGGCUUUCUUUGGACUUUCUCCAGUGGUAAUAUGCACUCCUAAUCUUACUUGUAAUUGCUUGCUUUUCCUUAUUUGUAGCUCGAGUAGCUGUAAUAUCCUGUAGUCCAUGAGCUAAAAGCUGGUUUGUACUUGGAUGCCGCUGCGCUGGAGAAGUGCUUUUUUACAUUUGUAUUGUGUGAUUUUCUACUGACAGCGGUGGACACAGCCUUACCUGUAAACAAUGUUAAUUUCAUCUAACAAAUUCUCUUUUUUAACCUUUUAAAAUCUUGAAAGGGACAUAUUGACUAUGGGAACUUCACUUGAAAUGCUUUCCUUUUGUGUUUUAAUUUCUAUCAAAUGAAAGUGUUGCAUUAAAUGUUAUGAACUCAGUUUUCAAAUUAUUAUGCUGGUUGCACAACAACGUUUUUUAGUACUUUAUUUGUAUUUUUUUUGUAUAUCCUAUUGUAGUCAUUUCUUGCCUCCAUAUUAAAAUGAUUAAGAAAUGGGAUUCCUUUACAUUUUAUUUAGUUUUGUUUUUCUAAAACAUUAUUAAUCUUUUCUUUUUUGUUUUUCAGAGUGUGAGACGCAGGAAGGCCAAGACUGAGAGGAGAAAGCAAGAUGUCAAAACAUGUUAAAAAUGGAGUUGGUCAACACAUUACUACAUUUAUUACGACACCCACAGUCAUGAGAAUUAGUCUUAGGUUGCCAAUUAAUUUUCAAGUUCAUUCAAAACCAGAAAUUACAUUGAAGUGUUUGAUUAUGAACCCUUUUUUGCAGAAUUCGUUUGCAGUUUGUUGUUCCCGAAUUUGUGGUAGCUUAUCUAAUCUAAAUUACUAAAGCACAUCAUUUAAAAGUUAUUUGUAUACAAAUGAUUAAUUUAUUGCUAACAGCAUGUAGGCCAUUUAAUAUUCAUUUCAUAUUACAGUAUUUUGCUACAGAGUUAUGUAAGCCAUUGAAUAGUACAAUGGAUGAAAUAAAGUAUAUCAGCUUAAAGUCA